UUCAAGGAAUAUCGACGGGCAGCGCGUACAGAUUUGGCUUGUGAUGAUAGUCAAGAUGGCAUGGUACAAUGUUAGAAAUGAGGUGCGUAGUACCGAAACGCAGUGCACAGCUGAUCAGUGGUCUAGACGGACGGUCGGCGCUCGUUCGUAAUUUUGAAAACGCUCGAUAAAAUUAACAUCCAAAGUGUGAUAUGAGCCACGAGAUAGACGGUGUUUCCUCGUGAGGAGGAAUUACACAAUUCGUAAACUAAUAUUCAGCCACGAGUGUUUUUAAAAGUGAUUCAAGUGAGCGUGACCGUACUUACCUCUGGACGUUUCAAUGGUUGCCGUCCGGUAGGCCCUGCCAGGAGGAUGGGGGCCCACGAUGGGGGAGUGCCACUGCUCUAACAUCGCCAUCAUGCAGCUGUUCCAUGAGCUGAAGCAGCAGUUUCCUGCGCUCCCCGACCACGUCGUCUCCCAGUGCAUCGCCCAGAACAGCCACGAUCGGGAGACAUGUGCACGGAGGCUUCGUGCGACGCAGGACGCGCGGCCGUCGCCCGGCGCGUUUCCACCGCCAGCCCCUGUCCCAGCACAGCCGACCCCUUGCGCCAUGAAUUCCAAUUCCUCGCGUGCCCAUCGGCCCGCGUCCUUAGACAUUGGCUUAACACGACGAUGUCCCGUCACUUGCCCACGUGUACCUAUCCAGCAUCCGUCCCAUGUUGCGCCAUCCUCUGCCCCGGCGGCUUGUCCCGCCAGAGGAUUCUUCGACGACCUCAACACCCCCAACCACGCCGGCUUCGAGCUCAACGUCAACGUCGCGUGCAGUCCAGCUAGCAAUCGCGAUUUUCGAACGGUACCACCAAGUACCGGUAAACGAAGCGAUCUGGUCGUGGAACCACGACCUCACUACGCCGACCCCUUGGCAGCGAAUGUGAGUAACGGACCCAACGGUACUCCUGUGGUUGAUCAUACGCGAAGCUACACUUCCGUCAGUCUCACCCUGAGGCCACCGUCGUCCGAGCCACAACCACCUAUCGAUAUACGCUCACAGGGCUCGAGUUUGACUUACUCGACAUCCUCUGUCGAUCCUAGGGGUUUUCAGAGUAGACUUCAGAUCAGCAUCGGUCCAGGAAACGUAGGCAGUGUAGCUGCUGCCAGGAUCAGACCUCCUAUGGGUCCUACAAGACCAACUACUCUGUUAACUCCACAGCAAACAACACCUCAUCGACCUCCAGGCCUACCAGCUGGUCCACCUAGUCAAUUACCAAGACCAACGACGACCAUGAGUGCUCCAACGACGACCAUGAGUGCUCCAACGACACCCUCCGUUCCCCAGGUCGGCAAUGUUCCUGUCGCCCCUAGCAGCCUCCCUACGACCCCUUCGGCACCCUCGACUCCACCUCCGUUGGCACCACGUGCUACAACCAACAACGCCUCUUCCUCGACGACCGCCGAACCCGCUAGAUCGCCGCUCAACCAAGUCGCGGAGCGUCAAAGGCGGUUAGUCGAGGAACAGUUGGUCAGGCGAGAUAGAUUGGCAUCGGAAUUGAGGGCUGAAAAGGGAAGACUGGAAGCUAUGAAGAGGGAAUUAGAAUCCCUGGCGAGACCGUUGGACUCGACGUUACCACCACAGGAACUAAAGAGAAAGCUGAGAAGCGAAAUUUAUCAACUACAGGUAGAGUGCGACAGGCUUGCUGACGAGGUGGACCAGAGAUCCGAUCCACGAGUACCUCUUGGGGAGACGAAUGAGGAGUUUUAUCAGGGCAUUUAUACGGGGCAACCGUUUGUCCCUGUGCCCUUUAAUGCCAGUCCGCCACCGCUGCCCAGUCAACCUCCUGCAUGGGAACCAGCCCCGUCCAGGAACACUAUACCCAACGUUAAUAUUGAUCCUGAUCGAGAUGAUCGGGAUGGUCCCUCCUGGGUCUGCAAGAUGUGCACUUUCGAUAAUCAUCCUCUGAUGGACAAGUGCGAACAGUGCGACAUGCCCAGGCUGCUCAACCAUAAUACAGGUACGGCAUCGAUAAAGACCUCACCCAGGUCCAUCUCCAUUGACAAUUCGAGGCCACUGUUGUCCACGAAAUCUUUGGCAGAUGCGAAAUCCAGAAAAUAAGAAUCCACGUUUGCCGAUGUUUGAUAAUUUUGAAUUAAUAAUCGCAUGCCUCAUAACGUGAUACGUUUAUCAAUUGAGUGAUGAUUAUCUUUUAUUUAAUGCUAUUCUAAUAAUGUAACAGUACCUCGUUAUUUGUGAUAUUAAUCAACGUUUUCGCGCACGUAUUGAAUGUUUUAUUAAUUACUAGGCCGACGUAAUUCCGUACCUCUUUUAGUGUACAUACGAUGCUUCGUGGAAUAUUAAUUUGUAUAUAUGGUAAAUGUCUUAAUAAAUAUAUUUCAUAAUUA